CGAGUCCAGAAACCCGGUUCCAUUUCCGUCCGCUAGGAGUGGCGUCGUAUCCCACCCUGAAGCAGUUUCGCGAUUCUUUCCAUUGCCACUCUCUCGCUAAAAUACCUUUCGGGAGCCCACUGUCUGAACACGGCCAGAGUUAACUCCGCCGCCGCAGCUGCAGCAAACAAUGGUCAUUUGGUAAGCUCGGCAGCAGCGUCUCUUAAAUUAAAAGCCUUAGUACCGUCUACCGUGCUUGUGUAGCGGUUUUAACUUUGCCCUAGAAUCCAGGAAAUGUAACAUUUUCAUUCUCUGUUCUUCGUGGCAGUGAAGCUGUCCUUCAAUGGGGGCCGCCAAAGAGAAAAGGCGAUUGAGAUGAAGCUGUCCUUAGCAGCAAAUUCUCUGCAGCAAAAGAAUGAUGGGCUCCAAGCUAUUUACCGCUGCAGUCACUGCAGUAGGAGCAUUUAGAACUAGAAGUAGUAGUAGGAGGAGGAGUUUUAGUAGCAGUACAAACACCGGAAGGAAACCUAGAAUCGCUAGUCCCAAAAAGCUUACCACGCCUUCAAUUUCAAACCCUAAAGAUGUAGAAAAGGGAGAUACCGUGGAUGGAAUUGAGUGGGCGGAUGAACAGAAACAAGUGCUGGCUCAAGUUCGGUGUGGCUCUUCUGUCUUCAUUACAGGGUCUGCAGGUUCUGGGAAGACCCUUUUGCUCCAACAUAUCAUUGGUGUCCUGGAGCAAGUUCACGGCCCGCAGAAGGUGUUUGUCACGGCAUCUACCGGGGUAGCUGCCUGUGCCAUCCGCGGCCAGACCCUUCAUUCUUUCGCUGCAAUCGGAUUUGGGAAAGCGGAUCGCGAUACUUUGGUGGAUAGAGUUUUGCUGAACAACUCUGCAACUAAGAGGUGGAAGAAGGUGAAGGCACUGGUCAUAGAUGAAGUAAGCAUGGUGGAUGCUGAGAUGUUUGAGAAUUUGGAAUUUAUAGCAAGGCAGGUUAAGAGUUCUAACAAGGUAUGGGGUGGAAUACAGCUAGUUGUGAGCGGGGACUUCUUUCAGCUGCCUCCAAUCACUAGCCAAUAUGGCAAACAGUUUGCAUUUGAAGCCGACUGUUGGGAUGCAACUUUUGACGCUCAAGUCGAGCUGAAAAAGAUCUUUAGGCAGUCCGACCCUCGGCUUAUCAAGUUGCUUGAUGGAAUGAGGAAAGGGAAGGGCGACUCUGAGGAUUUAGAGGUCUUGAAACAAUCUUGCCUGCUGAGUGAGCCGGAUUCUUCGGUAGUGAGGCUUUAUCCUAGGAUCGAAGAUGUGAAACGGGUGAACAACGAGCGAAUGGAGAGCUUAGGGGAACAAGUUUUCAUGUACAAGGCCAUAGAUGGUGGGAUAGACGGUUUCAAGCGGGGAAUCGUGGCAGACCAACUCGAGAUCUGUCGUGGUGCGAGGGUGAUGCUGAUCAAGAAUUUGGAUACGAAGAGCCAGCUUUGCAAUGGUGCUACAGGUACAGUUACUGGCUUCUUCUUGGCAAAGCAGAACAGCAGCCUCGGGGAGUACCUGCCAUUGGUCAGAUUCGACUCCGGAAUACAAAUGAUCAUUGAACCAGAAAGAUGGGAGAUUGUGGAAGGAGGGAAGGUAGUUGCUUGGAGAGAGCAGAUACCAUUGAUUUUAGCAUGGGCUUUGAGCGUACACAAGUGCCAGGGGAUGACUCUUGACACCCUCCAUACUGAUCUCUCCAGAGCUUUUGGGUAUGGAAUGGUCUAUGUGGCUCUUUCCAGGGUGAGGAGCUUGGAAGGGCUCUCUUUGUCGGGUUUCAAUCCGUUUAAGAUCAAAGCUCACCCCAAGGUUGUACACUUCUACGAGCAACUAGGCAGCAAUAAGCUGUUAAAAGAUGAAGAAGACCGAUGACAGAAUGAAGGAAGUGUGUGCUGACUGCUGAGCAAUAGCAAUUAGCAACUCGUGUUUCAGAUUAGGACAACAGUAAGAAGUUAACCUUGAGUUGGAUUAGCUUGGAGAUCAAAUCAUUAAAUCCUAAGCUCGUUGUAAUGGGGCAUGACAUAAUCUUGCAUCGAAACCGAAGCUGUAUUCUUGUAAGGUGAUGAAACAGAAUUUUACGGUAGUUUGUAGUAUUCCUGAUUUCGUUUGUCAAAAAAUAUAUUUAAUUAUUAAUG